AUGGAGCAACUCAUCACCCCAAUCAAGCACCUGCAAAAGCCCCUGGAAAUUGGAGACAUCACGCUGCGAAAUCGGUUCGGUAUGUCCUCGGUAUCUCGCAAUCGGGCUGACGGCACUUACCCUAAUGCACUGAAUGGAGAGUAUUUCUACCAGCGGGCUCUUGGAGGGGCGGGCUUUAUCUGCGCAGGAGGUGCCCUGAUCGAGCCUCAGGGCACAGCUAUGCGAGAAACACCUCAGAUCGACACCCACGAGCACAUGCUCGCUUGGAGACGGGUUGUCGACAGAGUUCAUGAAGUCCCCGGAGCAGUUUUCUACUGUCAACUGUGGCACUGUGGACGUAUGACUUAUCAGGACGCCAAGAUUCAGAAAGAGUAUGGCAAGCCCACCAUUGCUCCUAGUGCCAUUCAAGCUCGUAUGGGAAUUGCGCCGGAUAAUGAUGGUGUUUAUGAUUUGGAACCGGGACUAGAUAAGGGAUAUUCCAAGCCUACCGCCAUCGAAAACCCGAAAGAUGUUAUAGAGCAAUUCCGUAGGUCAGCAAUUCUGGCGAAGGAAGCUGGAUUUGAUGGAGUUGAAUUACAUGGCGCCAAUGGGUACCUCGUUUCUCAGUUCCUGGAUGACACUGCAAAUAUCCGAACGGAUGAUUAUGGUGGGUCGGUAGAAAAUCGUGCCAGGUUCGCACUUGAAUGCAUCGAUGCUCUGGUUGAGGUAUGGGGUCCUAAAAAGGUCGGCAUCAAAUUAUCUCCCGCCACUGGACGCGGCGACUUGGGUAUGCCUGUUGAGAGGCAGAUAGAACAAUUCACCUACCUGAUCAGAGAGUUGGAUAAACGUCCAUUGGCGCAUGUUCAUACACUUUGGACGGAAGGAGCGGUCCCUGCUAACCAACGUACAGAAUGGAUGGACAUGGAAGUGGAUGGCAAGAUGCGUGGGCCCUUGCACCCUGUCUGGGCGACCUACCGCCACCUAAUCAAAAACGCGAAGGUGUUCUUAAAUGGAGCCAUUUCACUCAUCGAAGCGGAAGAGCUGCUCAAAGACGGAACGGGUGACUUGAUCAUCUUUGGUCGUCCCUGGCUCGUAAAUCCUGAUUUCGCGAGUGCCGCGAUAGCUGGAAAGGAAAAAGAGCUUCAAUUCGAGUACAACUUUGAUUACUUCGCCCAGUACCCUAUCGGAGACCCAGCCAAAGGCUAUACUGAUUAUCCUUUCAUCACGAAGCCAGAUUACAAGGCCCCAGGUCUGAAAACAUAA